AGGAAGCGUCACCAGUCGGUGCGCGUGUAUGUGGGAUAUUACCGGCCACAGUUUUCAGAAAUAGUGUACCUGGCGGAAUCGCUUUUGCAAACUCAACCGACACCCAAGCGGUUCAGUAAUGUUCUAAGUUCUAACUGCUCCGGACACGGUUCUACGUCGGUGUUGUGCGUACACGAAAUCGGAACGAAACACGCUUUGCUGCUAGAGUUGACAACGACGUAGACGGCGACGUAUUCCAAGAUGCUGGUGCUACGGUACUUGGCAUCAUUUUAUCACUACGUCAACUAUGAAGUCAGUGAUCCACGAGUCAAUGACUGGUUCCUGAUGAAAACACCCUGGCCUGGCGCAACCAUCCUGGGCCUAUAUCUGAUGUUCGUGCUCAAAUGGGGUCCAAAAUGGAUGGAACACAGGAAACCGUUCAAGAUUGACACCAUCAUCAAGUACUACAAUCUGGCGCAGGUGGUCAUCUGUGCAUUCCUCUUUGUGGAGGGCUUACGACUGGGGUACCUACGCGGAUAUAGCUUUCUAUGUCAACCGGUCGACUACUCACCAACAGAGAUACCGAUAGCGAUCGCACGGCGCUGUUACUACUACUUCCUCGUGAAGGUACUGGAUCUGCUGGAUACGAUCUUCUUCGUGCUGCGCAAGAAACAGAACCAGGUUAGCUUCCUGCAUGUUUACCAUCAUACCGGCAUGGUGAUGUUGAUCUGGAGCGGCGUCAAGUGGUUCCCCGGUGGUCACGGUGUUUUCAUGGGCUUCAUCAACAGCUUCGUGCAUGUGGUCAUGUACGCCUACUACUUCCUCACAUCGGCCAAUCCCAAGAACAAGAAUAACCUUUGGUGGAAAAAGUAUAUCACCCAGCUACAGAUCAUCCAGUUCGGCAUGAUCUUCACGCAGUGGUUCGUGCUGCUGUUCCAGCCCAACUGUACCUUCCCGAAGUGGCCACUGUUUGUGAUUCUACCGCAGAAUCUAUUCAUGUUCUUUCUCUUCCUUGACUUCUACUACCAAGCGUACGUAAAGAAGAGACCAACCGACGUCGGACGGCGGUCUGGUGGAGCGAUCGCAGACCUUCCACAGAACGGUAUCCACACGAGCGACUCCAAUGGCAAGUCGUCGAACGUUGAGUACAACGGUAAGGUGAGCAGUGACGCGAUCUGCACAAAGCGCAACUCAUCCAAAGAGGUCACCACCUCCUAACCCGUGUGUCCCUUAAGCCGAAGGGAACACACUUCAGCACAUUCCUCAUGUUCUCCAUUACCGUGCAGAAGAUAACGUUGUCCGGGGUUUGUUUGUUUUCUUUUCUGUGAAAAUUAGUCAAUAAAAAUACGCAUUGACCAGUGCUAUGCGCCAGUUGUCAAGAUCCUAA